AUGGAUUUUACGAAUUGUCGCUCGAUGGAGCUACUCCGAUAUCUGGGUCUUGCAGACGAUUAUCGAGCUCAGCCGGGCGCUGUUCCUCAGACUGAGGGGUUCGACACUCAAUUUGUGCCACAGAUGAAUCUGAAUGGGAGAUUUCUCAACAAAUGGGUAUUGACUGGACAUACUCACGCGGAUUCCAUUGAGGAUGUGGCAAAGAGCGACGACGCUCUGGUUAAGGAGAUUCGCUCUGCUAUCAAGGACAUUACAUUCGUCUCCGAUGAAGUCGAGGACGCGGACGGUACAUUAAUUAAAGACGCCAUCAGCAAGCUCCAAUCGAGAGGUUUUGUCGCAGUCGGUGCGGGCAUUGGUGCAGCGAUCACGAUCGGUAUCGAGCAGAAGCGGUUGCUUGACGACAGUGCUUUCUCCAUCCACAACGUCCCCGUCAACAUACCCAAGAUUUCCUCUCCGGGGAAGGAUAGUGGUGGUGGUGGUGGUGGUGAUGAUGAUGAUGAUGGUGGUGAUGGCGACAAGGACGAGUGCCCCAGUGAUGCACCAACUGGAAAAGAUGCACCUCUUUGCGAUGACUGUGAUGGUAAAGACAGCACUCGCACUACGGAUAAGGCCUCAAGUGAUCUGAACUGCGGUGCAUCUUAUGGCUACAACAUCUUCAGGUCGAGAGUUCUCCCUGAAGAUGAGUCUAAGCUCGCUGAAGUGAGUACGCAAAAAUACGUCGCUGAUGACAGUCACCCUAGCGAGAUCGCAGUGCCUCGUGGUGAGCUUGUGAAAUACGCCAAGGAGUGGUGCUCCGAGGCCCAUGAAAGUGGUGCCUGGGAAUGGGGACUCACACUUGAAGAUACUUACACCUCGUCCGACGGCACUGCUACAGUCUCAAUUCGAGGGGGUGCACCCAGAAUCUUCAAGCGGGAGGUGAAUCCGCAUGAUCCUCUGGAUGAAAAAUCUUGCCUGAAGAACCUCAAAGUAUUGAUUGAUGACUGCGACGUCGACACCACGGAUCGUAAACGGGGUGGCGAGCUCACCACGAAUGAUAAUUCCUGGUGGCAUAUUUUUAUGAAACGCAUGACCGUCCCGACGCUUAAGUAUUGCAAUAGUGUUUAUGCUUCCACAACAAUGACGCCUGUCAGCCGAGAUUUCACCUUUCACCAGGUCAAAACGCUCUGCAAUCAUGAUUAUGACAAAACCACUUAUAAAAACAGCCCUCAGUGGUACCGGGUUUCUGGUAUCUUCGGUGGUUCCAUUGAACUGGAUCUUAAAUAUGCGGACGAUCAGUCAAAUUGUCGGCAGACGCGCAACACUGAUUCAUUCUGGCCUGAUGACUGUGAAGCCACACUUAUGAAGGCUAUUGAUGAUUGUGAUACGGACACAACAUCCAAGAAGUAUGGCGGAGUGUUGCUUUUCAAUGCCGACGAUGGUUGCUGGGAGGGGAGUGUUGGUUUCCCUCUAUUGGAUGACGAAAACAAGAUGGGUGACUACAAUUACUAG